AUAGCCUCAGGGGUGCCCUGUGAGAGGAGGUGAGGGUUCCGGCGGCCGGCAUCUGUUCGCUCGCGGCUUGCAGCACGCUGCAGCCUGCAGCCCCCAGUGUCGGCGUGGAUCGGCCGCCCUGAGGUGCCGGGGCAGCGUUCGGCAUGUCGUCGGGCCUCCGCGCCGCAGACUUUCCCCGCUGGAAGCGUCACAUCGCGGAGGAACUGAGGCGCCGGGACCGACUGCAGAGGCAGGCGUUCGAAGAGAUCAUUCUGCAGUAUACCAAGUUGCUGGAAAAGUCUGAUCUUCAUUCAGUAUUGACCCAGAAACUACAAGCUGAAAAGCAUGACAUACCAAAUAGGCAUGAAAUAAGUCCUGGACAUGAUGGUGCGUGGAAUGACAGUCAGCUACAAGAAAUGGCCCAGUUGAGGAUCAAACACCAGGAAGAGCUGACUGAACUGCACAAGAAACGUGGGGAGUUAGCUCAGUUGGUGAUUGACCUGAAUAACCAAAUGCAGCAGAAGGACAAGGAGAUACAGAUGAAUGAAGCCAAGAUUGCAGAGUGUUUACAGACCAUCUCUGACCUGGAGACAAACUGCCUGGACCUGCGCACCAAACUUCAGGACCUCGAGGUAGCCAACCAGACCCUGAAGGAUGAGUAUGAUGCCCUGCAGAUUACUUUUACUGCCCUAGAAGAGAAACUGAGGAAAACUACUGAGGAGAACCAGGAACUGGUCACAAGGUGGAUGGCUGAGAAGGCCCAAGAAGCCAAUCGCCUCAACGCAGAGAAUGAGAAGGACUCCAGGAGGCGUCAAGCACGACUGCAGAAAGAGCUUGCAGAAGCAGCAAAGGAGCCUCUACCUGUUGAACAAGGCUUGAAGUUCUUGUCAUACAGAUCUUUCAGUUGCUUCGUUAGAGUCACACCAAGGGACGAUGACAUUGAAGUCAUUGUGGAUGAGACCUCAGAUCACACAGAAGAGACCUCUCCCGUGCGAGCCAUCAGCAGAGCAGCUACUAAGCGACUCUCGCAGCCUGCUGGAGGCCUUCUGGAUUCUAUCACUAAUAUCUUUGGGAGACGCUCUGUCUCUUCCAUCCCAGUCCCCCAGGAUAUCGUGGACACUCAUCCUGCUUCUGGUAAAGAUGUGAGAGUCCCAACUACUGCCUCAUAUGUCUUUGAUGCACAUGACGGAGAGGUCAAUGCAGUGCAGUUCAGUCCAGGCUCCCGGUUACUGGCCACUGGAGGCAUGGACCGCAGGGUUAAACUUUGGGAAGCAUUUGGAGAUAAAUGUGAAUUCAAGGGCUCCCUGUCUGGCAGUAAUGCUGGAAUUACAAGCAUUGAAUUUGAUAGUGCUGGAGCUUACCUAUUAGCAGCUUCAAAUGAUUUUGCAAGUCGGAUCUGGACUGUGGAUGAUUAUCGAUUACGGCACACACUCACAGGCCACAGCGGGAAAGUCCUCUCUGCCAAGUUCCUGCUGGACAAUGCACGGAUUGUCUCAGGAAGUCACGACCGGACCCUCAAACUCUGGGAUCUCCGCAGCAAAGUCUGUAUAAAAACAGUGUUUGCAGGGUCCAGCUGCAAUGACAUUGUUUGCACUGAGCAAUGCGUGAUGAGUGGGCAUUUUGACAAGAAAAUUCGUUUCUGGGAUAUCCGAUCAGAAAGUGUGGUCCGAGAGAUGGAACUGUUAGGGAAGAUCACUGCUCUGGACUUAAACCCUGAGAGAACUGAGCUCCUGAGCUGCUCCCGUGAUGACCUGCUGAAAGUCAUUGACCUCCGGACAAAUACUAUCAAACAGACGUUCAGUGCCCCUGGAUUCAAAUGUGGCUCUGACUGGACCCGGGUUGUCUUCAGCCCUGAUGGCAGUUACGUGGCAGCAGGCUCAGCCGAGGGGUCUCUUUAUGUCUGGAGCGUGCUCACAGGGAAAGUGGAGAAGGUGCUUUCAAAACAGCACAGCUCUUCUAUCAAUGCGGUGGCAUGGGCCCCUUCGGGCUUGCAUGUUGUCAGUGUGGACAAAGGAAGCCGAGCUGUGCUGUGGGCACAGCCUUGAUGCCGCACCCUGAGGAGCAGUGUGGGCCCCACCGCCCAUCUGGGAGAGUGAUGUGUCCUCCCAGAGAAGAGCUGAAGCCAUGCCGUGCCAUAGCUUUCCUGACAACUUUGACUUAAGGUCUUGAAUGGCUGAGAAGAACCCACACUGAACCGAACUGACUCUGCCAGUCCUCAGCGAGGCUCAGACUCUUGUGUGCAGUGGGUGGGAAACACUACUAACUCUGACCUUCCAUACCUCAUGGGGAACACAGGGUCCCUGCUGGCUCUCCCCACUGGACACAGUGCCAAGGACAACGCACACACCAGGUAUUGGGUCCCCUGUGCUUUUUCCCGUCUUUCCAAAGUCUCUUUCCAAAGUCUGAUGCACGUCCCCUCUCUGUGGCGUCACUUACCCAGGGGCUCACUGUAGGCAUUGGGUCAGUGGAAACCAAAUCAGGGCCUGUCCUCCUGUGACAAAAGGAUGGGUGGCGCUGUUUUCAGGAUGGUGUGUCUGGUCUCACUGCUGAAACCUGCAUCUUCAGCUGCCUUCAGAUUCUGAGCUCCCUUCCUGCCAACACUUCCACAUAGCUUUGUGUAUGUGAGGAAAGGACCGUGCCAACCUGUCCCUGUGUGGUAGAAUUUGCAGCAGUGGUGAAAAACACCUCUUUACCCUGCAUUUACCAUUGCAAAUGCACAGCAUCAGCAGGUGACUGAGUGCUCGCCUGGAGCAGAGUGGCGAGUCCAUCCCGGCCUUGCAUCAGUGUGGUGGCUGUGAGAGAAGCCUGGCUAGGAGCUGGUUAUGAUGAAGGCCCGGAGAGCAGUCUGUCCUGCUUGCCGUGCACGUGGUCGGAGGCAGACGUUUGUCUGUCACGUGUACUUUGCACUUUAUUUUUUGCUUCCACGCUGUUCUCUGGACAGUAGGGACAACAUGAGUGCUAGAGCCAGGGGAGAGGGACGAGUCCUUCCCUGCCUGCAACUCAUCUGUUGGUUUGCUGCCUGCCGGAGAGCUGCUGUGGGGGAAGUGGAGGCUCGCUGGCCAGGGCUCAUCUUUUAUUUAUUUAAUUAUGUGUCCUAACAGAGCUUGAUUGUAAAUAAAGAAGAAAUUCUGUUAUAUACUUUUCAAA